UCAUGUCAUGUUUGCCUGUCGUCCCUACUGGGACAUAGGCCGCUGACAAGAGCUUUCCAGACGUCUCUGUCCAGGGCUGGUCUCUCCAACUGUCCCCAGGUGUAUCCAAUCUUCUUGGUGUCUUCUUCCAGGUCACAUCUCCAGGUCUUUCUUGGUCUGAUUCCCGAAUCUACUGGUUGUAAAUUAUGUUAAAAGCUUUUCCAUCCAUUGGGAAGAUGCCGGCUCAGUGGAGGUCACUCUUUCCAGCAACUGUAGCAGCUCGCCAGUCAUCUGUCAGCACACUUCCACCUAAAGCUGUCAUAUUUGAUAUGGGGGGUGUGCUCAUUCCCACACCUCUACAUUUAUUCAAAGAUUUUGAGAGACACUCUGGCCUCCAGAGUGGGACAGUCUCUCGCUAUGUUGUGGCCGGAGGCUCUACUGGACCCUGGGCUCAGCUAGAACAAGGGAAGUUAACCCUGUCAGAAUUUGCGCGCAUUUUUGCCAGUGAUCUUUCAAAACAGGCAGGUCGGGACAUUGAUGUGUCGUACAUUAUGAAAGGCAUGACGUUGGGUAAUUCCCAAGCUUACCCCUGUAUGGUCGAGGCUAUCAAGUGUGUCCGGGGGGAGGGGAUCAAGACAGCGCUGCUGACCAACAACUGGUUCACAGAUGAACAGAAGACACAGACAUGUUGUCCAGUGGACAAGUCUUUGUUUGAUGUGGUUGUGGAGUCAUGUGUGGUGGGCUGCCACAAACCUGACCCUAAGAUCUACCAGCUGUGUCUGCAAGAGUUGAAUCUCCAACCUGAUGAGACAGUUUUCCUUGACGACCUGGGACAUAACCUUAAGGCGGCCUUGAACUUGGGCAUCAGGACCAUCAAGGUGACCAGCCCAGAACAAGGAGUGGCAGAGCUAGAAAAAGUGAUUGGCGCUGAUCUUAAGGAGUUUAUACCUGGCACUAAAACUGUUCCAAAACGUCUGGAACUAAACAUAAACAAUUUGGAAAAUUAUUUGAAAACUUUGGGACUCCAAGACAACUCCCAACCAGUGGUAAAGGUAUUUGAACAUGGUGAAUCUAACCCCACAUACUACGUCUCGUAUGGAGGGAGGAGAAUGGUCUUACGAAAGAAACCGCCUGGCAAGCUUCUACCUUCUGCUCAUGCUGUAGACAGAGAGUUCAAGGUCAUGUCUGCUGUGGUCAAGGCUGGAGUUCCUGUCCCAAACAUGGUGGCGUACUGUAAUGACGACAGUGUGAUUGGCACACCCUUCUAUUUAAUGGACUACAUGAGAGGGAGGUUGUUUAAAGACCUCAAGCUUGGGGAAGUGCCACGCAGCUCAAGGCGGGAGAUUGUCAUGGCCAUGGUCAAAGUCCUCAGCCAAAUCCAUGCUGUGGACAUUGACAAAGUCGGCUUGUCUGAUUAUGGCAAGAAAGGCCAGUUCUGUGAGCGUAACUUCAAGCGCUGGGCCAGCCAGUACAACAUGAGUAAAACCCAUGAGAUCCCUGCCAUGACCAAACUGAUGGAGUGGCUGCCCAAACACAUGCCACAAAAUGAGAGAGUUACAGUAGUUCAUGGGGAUUUCAGGCUUGACAACCUGAUGUACCAUCCUGAACAAAAUGAGGUCAUGGCGGCCAUUGAUUGGGAGCUCUCCACUUUGGGAGAUCCAAUCACAGACCUAGCAACAUGUGUACUGGCUUACUACCUCCCAGCUGAGGUACCCCUUCCCCCAGGACUAAAAGGUGCUGAUGUACAAAGUUUGGGAAUCCCAACAGUUGAUGAAAUCCUUGCAGAGUAUUGUAAACUGAAUAACCUCCCCUCUAUAGACAACUGGGACUUUUAUAUGGCUUAUGUUUUCUUCAGAAUUGCUGCCAUUUUACAGGGGGUUUACAAAAGAGCCAUUUCAGGUCAGUCUAGUUCCUCCAGUGGAAAAACUGUUGGUCUGUUUGCUGAAACAAUGGCUAAUGUUGGAUGGGAGAUUGCCUCUAAGAGCAAGCUGACGCCUACAACAAACAACGCCAGUGCCUCUAGCCAAAUCCAACAAACUCGCAACUUCUCAACCCUGAGGUCAGUAGGACGACAGACCAUCAUGUCCACUUUAGCUCGACCUCUGUCCUCUGGGGCUCCAGGACAAGUGGGGCAGAUGGCUGUGACAGUUGAAGGUUUGUCCCCGCGGGUCCAAGACCUCCACAAACGUGUGAGACAGUUUGUCCAGGAUCACGUAGUACCACUGGAGCCUCUACGUGUGCAGCACAUGCAGAGUGACCACAAGUGGACGAUACUACCUGAGACAGAGGCCCUAAAGGCUAAAGCUAAGGAACUAGGCUUGUGGAACCUGUUCCUGCCCAAAGAGUCUGACCCAGCAGGAAAGUAUGGGGCAGGCUUGACCAACUUGGAGUAUGCCUUCCUGUGUGAAGAGAUGGGCAAGUCCAUGCUGGCCCCUGAGGUGUUUAACUGCAGUGCACCAGACACAGGUAACAUGGAGACACUGGUCAGGUACGCAACAGAAGAACAGAAGGAGAAAUGGCUGAAGCCACUGCUGGAUGGAAAGAUUCGCUCUUGUUUUGCUAUGACAGAACCAGCCGUGGCCUCAUCCGAUGCUACAAAUAUAGAAUCAUCUAUCAGACUGGAGGGAGAACAUUACAUAAUCAAUGGUCACAAAUGGUGGACAUCAGGUGCUCUGGACCCCAGGUGCAAGAUUUGUAUCUUCAUGGGUAAGACAGACACCUCAGCUCAAAAACACAGGCAGCAGUCAAUGAUUCUCAUCCCAAUGGACACUCCUGGGGUGAAGGUUGUCCGACCACUGACAGUUUUUGGUUAUGAUGACGCUCCUGAAGGUCACGGUGAGGUCAUCUUUGAAAACGUCAAGGUCCCCGUGUCUAACAUCCUGCUAGGUGAAGGUCGUGGAUUUGAAAUAGCUCAAGGUCGCCUGGGUCCAGGUCGCAUUCAUCACUGCAUGCGCCUGAUUGGCCACGCUGAGAGAGCCCUGGAACUGAUGCUGGAUCGUACGACCAAAAGAGUUGCCUUUGGAAAACCUUUAGCUGCCCAGGGGUCAAUACAACAGGAUGUGGCCAGGUCUAGACUUGAGAUUGAGCAAUGUCGUCUUCUGGUGUUGAAAGCUGCUUACAUGAUGGACCUGUACGGCAACAAGGUUGCUGCACCUGAGAUAGCAAUGAUCAAAAUAGCUGCACCAAACAUGGCAUUACGGGUGAUUGACAGGGCAAUACAGGCUCACGGUGGUGCAGGUCUAGACAGUAACCUCCCCUUAGCUCACAUGUUUGCUGCCUCCAGAACUCUCAGACUUGCAGAUGGUCCAGAUGAGGUUCACAUGAGAACAGUGGCCAGAUUUCAGUAUGCCAAAAUUAUAGGGCCAAAGUUGUAAAUAUUAACAACUAAAAAUAUACUUUCCUAUUUGUUAAUCAGUGGUUGAAUAUAUGUUUUUAUUCUGGUAUUUUAACUUGUAUUUUGCUGUAGUCAGUAUUUAAAUAUAAAAAAUUAAUUCUUUAUUUUUCUAAAUGAGAUGAAAUGUUUUUUUAACAUUUAAGUGCACUUACUCUUUAACAGUGUAUUUAAAAUGUCAUUUAUUUUGUUCACAUUUACUAUACUUUGUGAUGUGACCCUGGCUGAUAGCUCUUUUAGAGUACAAAGGUACAACCUCACACACCCCUCAUACUUUCCCUUGUAUCACACUAUAUAUGUUUAUAUGGAACAUUGUGGUAGAAUGAUGGAGCAUAUGACUGCUUUCCUGAAAGUCUCGAGUUCCAAUCCGGGUUUAAAUCUACAAAUGUCCCUGAGUCCACCUAACUCACAUUAGGUUAAGUAAAAGCGGCUGGGCAUAGUGCUGACCACAGUAUCCCUUCAUGUGCCGAGAUCACAGAAUAGGUGAACUCUACUUCACUCGCCCAGUAGACUGUCAGGUUUGAAAGGUUACUUUAUUUUUUAUAUAUAUUUACAUAAAUUUACAAUAAUCAAUGAUUAAUCCAACUGUACAAUUAAAACUGCCACUAUUUUUAAUUUGUGUCACCCCCUUGGAUGGUGUCUCCUGGUGUGGUCUGCACCCCUUGUUGCACCUUGUGCAAUCUGCACCCUAGGUGCACCUUGUGCUGUCUGCACCCUAUGCUCACACGCCUUCCCAUACUUAGCCAACAGACUAGUAAAUUAUUUCACUAAGUCUACUUGCUUACCCUAGAAUAUUUAUUUCAUAGUACUUCAAGUUUAGAACUAAAUGUUAAAACUAAAACUGAAGUUUUUUAUGCAAUGAUUUGCUAUGUAUAUGAUGCUCAUUGGAAUAUUUAAUUCACUUAGAUAAGACUGUUAUUUCUCAUAGAUCAUUUAAUUUAAUGUUUCCUGUUUACAAAUAUAAUUGUUAAUAAUGAUUUAUGUAACAAAAUAUCUACAAGUAUUUUUGUAGAACAACUAUUGUACAUAAUUCUUGUUCAUAUGAUAUAUAAUGAUAUACUGCUGUGUUAGAUGAUUGACCAAUGCUAGAUGAUUUUUGUUAUCCCAAGAAUAAAGCAUUUU